GUUUUUGGUGACGUUUCAAGGUAACUGUCACCUUGUUUCUUGUUCUUCUUUUUGAAAAGAUGGCAAACGUCGCCAAUUUUUUAAUAGCACAAGCUACAGAAAAUCUAACAGAAACAUCCAAAAAUGCGACAGAGAGGGUGCCCAGUACCCCCGAAGGGAUGGCCAUCGCUUAUGGCAGCUUAGUUAUAAUGGCACUGUUACCAAUAUUCGUUGGUGCAUAUAGAUCUGUACUCUACCAUAAGGAGAAGAAACCUGAAAAAAUGACUAAGAAAGAUGCUGCAAUAUUUCCCAUUAUGGCUUCCUGUGCUCUAUUUGCACUCUACAUAGUUUUCAAGCUGUUUUCCAAAGAAUACAUCAAUCUUUUACUAACAGGCUACUUCUUUUUCCUGGGGGUUUUAGCUCUCACACAUUUAUUGAGCCCUGUUGUGAGUAAGCUAGUUCCUGCUGAUAUUCCCAAUAUUCCAUUCCAUAUAACCUUCAAACAAGGUGAAGGAGAUGCUGCAGAGUACUUAAUAGACUACAGAUUCUCUACCUAUGAUGUAGUGUCACUUGCAGCUUGCUCACUAGUUGGAGCUUGGUACUUAGUCCAGAAGCAUUGGGUGGCUAACAACCUGUUUGGUCUGGCAUUUGCAGUCAAUGCUGUAGAGCUGCUGCAUCUGAAUAAUGUAGUAACUGGCUGUAUUUUGUUGUGUGGGUUGUUCUUCUAUGAUAUCUUCUGGGUGUUUGGUACUGAUGUGAUGGUUACUGUUGCCAAAAGUUUUGAAGCUCCUAUCAAACUUGUAUUUCCUCAAGAUCUACUACAAAAUGGAAUGUCUGCUAGCAAUUUUGCCAUGCUUGGUCUGGGAGACAUAGUCAUUCCUGGCAUCUUCAUAGCCCUGCUCCUAAGAUUUGAUCACAGUCUCAAACGUCAAACCAAGACCUACUUCCAUGCUUCUGUGAUUGCCUACCUUUUGGGUCUGAUGGCCACAAUUUUUGUGAUGCAUAUGUUCAAACAUGCACAGCCAGCUCUAUUGUACCUUGUACCAGCUUGUAUUUGUACCCCUUUGGCUGUGGCUCUGGUGAAAGGAGAUCUAACUGCCAUGUUCAAGUAUGAAGAUGCUACAGAAGAGGAAAAAGCAGAGGAAAAUAAGAAGAAGGAAGAAAAACAGCUAAAGCAAGAAACGAAAAAAGUUAAAUAAUUUUUGACCAUUAUUUGAAUUCCUAUUAUUAUUUGAAAAAAAAUCUUCCAAGAUCCUCCACUCCAAGUUGUUUUCUGCACAAGACUGUCAUUCCAUUGUUUUAUUAUUUGGAGUUUUUUUUUUAAUUUAAUUUAAAUCAAGCAUAUAGCUUUUGUAUGUAUUUGUUAUGUUAUUAUUUUUUAAUGUGUCUGAAUCAUAAGGUGCAAUUGAUUUAAUUGUUUUUGAUGAAUUAUGGUAUAUUUUCUAUUAAAAUCCUUUCCAGUCAGUGUUUUUU